AGAAAUGAUUUCCAAAAAUUGUGCUCUAGCAAUCUUUAUUGUUGUUUUAUUCUUAAAUACAGCAAAUUCAACGUCAUGCCGAACACCGAAUUACGAUAGAGGUGAAUGUAAACCAAUUGAAGAAUGUCCAUCGUUACAAUCAGCAACUUUUCGAAUCGAUGGUCAAUUUGAUAUAAAAGAAACAAUUAAACUUUUAAAUCGUUCUUUGAUCGCAUGUAACUCAAAACCUGGUGAAUAUUUAGUAUGUUGUGCUAAUGAACAAUACUUAAACGACGUGAAAUUAUUGGACAAAAAUUAUGAUAUUUUACCUGAUCCAGACACAUGUGGUAUGAGUCACUCAGCUAAAGAUAUUCUCAUUGGUCGAAUAAUUGGUGGAUUUAAUGUAUCCGAAGGACAAUUUCCAUGGAUGGUAGCGUUAGGAUAUGACAAUGGGAACGGUAAGCUAGAAUAUAAGUGUGGAGGUUCCUUAAUAACAUCAAAUCAUAUUCUUACAGCGGCUCAUUGCGUUUUUGGUGUACCUCUAAUCCAAGUUGUUAGUGGAACACUAAAUCCAUAUAAAAAUCCAUCCUUAAUUGGUAAAGUGGUUAAGAGUUACAUACAUGAAGAAUAUAGUCACUUUACAAAUGUAAACGAUAUCGCUAUUAUUAAAGUGCAAUGGAGAAAUUCAAAAGGGGAAAAUAUGAACUUCAUGCCAUCUAAAACGGCAGAUGUAAUUUGUUUACCAAAAACUGAGAACUUACGUAAAAAUACGUUUGAACGAUUUAAUCUGUUUAUAAGUGGAUGGGGCGACCAGGAAUAUGAUAACCCUGCGUCAGCAAGUCAGACAUUAUUAGCACUACAAGUUCCCAUAGAAAGAAAUUCAGACUGUGAAAAGAAAUAUCGAGAUUACAAUCGAACCAUAAUCUCAUCAAAUGUAUUGUGUGCUGGUUUCAAAAAAGGAGGACAUGACUCAUGCAAAGGUGAUUCAGGUGGACCCCUUAUGUUCCCAGAGAGAAAUAGUAAUGGUGAAUUUAUAUAUUAUCAAAUUGGAAUUCUAUCAAAAGGGUAUAAAUGUGCUGUUCGGGGAAUCCCAGCAAUUUAUACACGAGUUGGUAAUUACAUUGAUUGGAUUCUAAAAACUAUAAGACCCCGCCUUUUUUUUGUUUAG